AUGGAUGGACCUGAAAAAUGCCUCCUACGGUUUCCUCACGGAUACCAGGGACAAAGGCACCUGGAUAUGUUUACAGAGAUACACGUUGAAAGCGUAUUAAGUGGGCAGGUACUCGCACAAUACGCGAGAAGGGCAUGGCAACGGCUGCGCUACAAGCAUCCAAGUAUGGCUGCUCAUUCCAUUAUUGACCGGCUGGAAUACAAAAAGCCCACGCAGGUGGAUUUGUGGGAUUGGUUACAAGAGACCUUUAUUGUACUUGACAAACCUCAUGUCAGCGUAUAUGAGGUUAUCAAUGCGCCGCACAAUCAACGAACUCCAACCAUGUUCUUCCUCCUGCAAUCCGCUACCUUCGUACUCUACGUCCCCCAUCAUUACAAUGACGCACUCGGCAUGGCAAUCUUCUGCAACGAUUUCCUUCAGGAGAUAUCGAAAGACGUGAUCGAGCCUCAAAAGAACCCCCAGUUUGGGGACGAAGCUUCAAAUCUAGCCCCUUGUCUCGAGGAAGUGGAAUGUGUAGAGCCCACGCCGGAACACAGAGCAAAAGUCAGAUCAGCCUUGAAGGAUUUGUGGACCACCUCUGGUUCUCUGUCACCCAGAAGCACAACCCACGAAGUAUUUCCCGGCAAGACUAACUGGCAAGACCUAAUCCUGGAUGACAUCGAGACCUCUCGAUUAGUUCACUCCGCGAAAGCAAAUAAUAUCACGGUGACUCAUGCCGUUCACGCGGCACUGGUCCAGGCAACGGCCACUCAAGACCAAAAAUGCAGAAAGGAUUUCCUCUCUGCAAUAUUUUUUAACCAGAGAUCUUACACAGGUCAAUAUCCUGGCAAAAUCUGCCUCGACUUCGCCUUGAGGAUUGGAGUCUGGGGAAUUAAAAUUAGACCCCUGUGGUUCAUGCUCACUGCCGACCUGUUGAAAGAAAAAUAUGAGUCGUUGAAAAAUGAACAUUAUCCCACAUCCCUAACCUGGUCAGAGUUUACCUCUCAUUUCCUGAGUGGAAAUUCCAACUCUAUUGUGCACAUUAUCACUAGUCCGGGACGUUUGGAUCGCUACGUUUCUAUGGACUAUGGCCCCAUCCAGGUCAAGAAUAUUCACUUUAUUCUUCAGCAUCAAAUGCAAGGGAUAAUUGCGAUUAUCCAGUCAUUUGCCGGACGCCUCAGACUCAGGGUCGAGUAUAACGAGUCCUAUUUUCGUCAGGAAGAUAUUACGGGUUACUUAGCCCUUGUAAAAAGGGAGCUGUUCACUGGUAUGCGGAUGGUUGAUAUGAUUUGA